GGCUUGUACACCUGGUGCGGGAGCUACGGGGCCCCGGGACUGUGCUUGGAGUAGUGGUACACCAUGUCCCGUGGCUCCAGCGCUGGUUUUGACCGCCACAUUACCAUUUUUUCCCCCGAGGGCCGGCUCUACCAAGUAGCUUCUUAAAGUGGAAACUUAGGUUUGCAGUGUAGGACUGAGGGCCCCAACUACCUUCUGUCUGUUUACCAGAGGCCACCGGUGGUUCUUGCCGCAUAGCUACUUAUCAAGCCAGCAAGAAGAAUCUUAAGAAAUAUGCUUUUAAGGCUAUUAACCAGGGUGGCCUUACAUCAGUAGCUGUCAGAGGGAAAGACUGUGCAGUAAUUGUCACACAGAAGAAAGUACCUGACAAACUAUUGGAUUCCAGCACAGUGACUCACUUAUUCAAGAUAACUGAAAACAUCGGCUGCGUGAUGACAGGAAUGACAGCUGACAGCAGAUCCCAGGUACAGAGGGCACGCUAUGAAGCAGCUAAUUGGAAAUACAAGUAUGGUUACGAGAUUCCUGUGGACAUGCUGUGUAAAAGAAUUGCUGAUAUUUCUCAGGUCUACACACAGAAUGCUGAAAUGAGGCCUCUUGGUUGUUGUAUGAUUUUAAUCGGUAUAGAUGAAGAACAAGGCCCUCAGGUGUACAAGUGUGAUCCUGCAGGUUACUACUGUGGGUUUAAAGCCACUGCAGCAGGAGUUAAACAAACCGAGUCAACCAGCUUCCUUGAAAAAAAAGUGAAGAAGAAAUUUGAUUGGACAUUUGAACAGACAGUGGAAACUGCAAUUACAUGCCUGUCUACUGUUCUAUCAAUUGAUUUCAAACCUUCAGAAAUAGAAGUUGGAGUAGUUACAGUUGAAAAUCCUAAAUUCAGGAUUCUUACAGAAGCAGAGAUUGAUGUUCACCUUGUUGCUCUAGCAGAGAGAGACUAAACAUUGUAGUUAGUUUACCAAGUCCAUGACGCCACUUGCCUGUGUGUUUCGUAACAACAGACCAGCGUUAUGUGGGCCCCUGAAUUGAAAAAGGAACCUCUCCCACUCCUCCUGCCACUGAAGUGGUUAGGACUCUGUAUAAAUAAAAACAGUGCUUUUGGAAAUAA